AUGUCUGGCUUAUCUACAAACCUCUUUGAAUAUGAGCAGCUCCCACAAGGGCGUUUUAUCCGGCUGCUCCAUCUUUACCCCGGCAACCCCGGUACACCGCUGAUUGCAAAACUCGAGAUCGUUUCCCUGGACCAGGACCCUUCUUAUCAAGCACUUUCUUAUGUCUGGGGAAGUUCGACUCUCGACUGUAGCCUUGGGAUUACAACAGAAAGCCAGGGAAUCAAGACGGUACACAUUACCACAUCCCUUUCCAAUGCUCUCAACGACUUGCGACAACCGCCAGAAAAUAACCAACACCCACGGAUACUCUGGAUCGACGCUGUUUGCAUCAAUCAAAAAGAUAUCAACGAAAAAAACACUCAGAUACCCUUAAUGAGAAGUAUCUACCAGGAAGCCGAAACGGUUGUGGCUUAUCUUUGUUCUGAUCCAACGGGGAUUCUGGGCGCCAACCUUUGCUUAUCAAUUGACCAAAUAAAACAAAAGCCAAAACCAGACUUGGUAGCAAUUAUAGAGAGUUUUGCAAAGCCCGCACAGUGGCUUGAGAGAUCGUGGGUUGUCCAAGAAUCUAUACUUGCCAGGCAUCUGGUCUUCAUGAUGAGAAUCGAUCAUGCUUUUGCUGUCAACACUUGGAGGUUUCGAAUCGAUGUACGCAAAGACUCUCUGUUGCGAUUUCAUGACUAUGCACAACAACAGAGGGUGAUGGCCAGAAGCUUGGUUAAUAGUUCCCGUCACGAUACAGCGUUUUGGUCUCUUGUAGUACUGCUACGGAUACUCCGCGUCACCAACUGCCAGAAUCCAUUAGACAAGGUCUUUGCCUUGCUAGCUGACUAUAACCAGUCAGUAACGGAGGUGUAUACUGAUGUUGCGCACCGCAUUAUUACCAUUCCGGGCGGUGUUUAUAUGCUCUGCAAUGCAUACCGGCGUCAACAUCCGAUUCUGGCAUCUUAUGUACCGGACUGGUCCGUUACCGACGUGCUAUACCCACUAGCCAAAAGCAUGAACCGAAUGCCCAGGAAACUUUCGCCCAUAAACAUCCCGCGACAAUAUAGAAACGGUAUUUUGCUUCGAUGUCUAUCUUUUGGCCGUUUGAAAAAGGUCAAAGCCUUCCCAAAGUUACCGACUGUCAGUAUAUUCGAAGAACUGAACGAUCAGCUUGAGCCAGUCUCGCAAUUCGUUCGUGAUUUUGUCGAGCAUUGUGUACCAUUUCACCCAGAUGAAGGUGGACGCAGUGUCAAGAGAGCACUAGGGCGCAGUCUGAUCAGCAUGGCCAUGGGCAAAGCCACAGACAAAGCCUGGGAGGACUAUUCCGGAUGGAUGGUAUACAAUUCCCCACCAAAGGAACAAAUUCGUGCAUCAAUCAAGAAGGUGUCUCGGGUCAUACAGUAUGCCCAAGAACUUUGUAGACGCUCACAAGAACCCUGGGCUUCAAAGAUGUUGGUUUCUGACUCAGGAUUCAUUGGGAAUGGUUGUGAAGGAGCUGAAGUUGGAGACCGGAUCAUAAUACCAUUUGGGAUGAGUGUACCACUACUGGUCCGCCCUGUCGCAAAAGAUGCCGCACGAAAGGGUCCGCAAGACGCAGCUAUGGCCGGCAAGAAGGUGUUUGCAAUUUGA